AUGGGGGUUUGCGACGUAGGGGAACGGCCCAUUGCCAAGGCAAUGCCAUUGGUAUUCUCCGUACUCCGUGUUUCUGGUCCUUUGCAAGUUCAACUACAAUCAAGCACGGAACGGCCCAAGAGAAUUGGGUGGUUUUUUUCUUUUCGAAAAAGACGAAGACAAAAAGAAAGAAAGCUGCGUGGGCCGAACCUAGUGCACUGCAACCCUGGCUUAUUUUAUUAUUUUAUCCCGGGAAAGUGCUUCAACAACGAUCCUCUGUCGUGCAACCAUGUGAACCCCGCAAAAGUGUCUGCGACAAGAUUCUGA